AUGGGUAACUUGAAAUCAUGUUGUUCUUUUGCCGAUGAACACUCCCUAACUUCCACUCAAUUGGUAGUUGGGAAUGGUCCAGGAGCUUCAGAAACUGCCUCAAAUCAUGCUCAGGAGGAAGUUAGUGAUAUUAAUACCUUUAAUGUCAAGUUAAUUAUGCAGGAUAGAAGUAAGCUUGAUUGUGAGGUCGUCUUUGAUAGCACAAGUAUCUCGCUUUCUGGAGAUGGGAAAUGCAGAAAUAUUGGUUUGGAUGAAAUCCACCAGUUAUUAUAUUCAAAGGAGGAGCUUUCAAGAGUCGAAAGUAGUGCUGGAAUUAGCGAUUCUGAUAAUUGUGUUGCAAUUCACCUCAAGGAAUCAGGAAACUGCAUACCCCUCUUCUUCAAUAAUUCACAGGACAAGGAAAGAUUUGUUGCAACAGCAAACAAGUUCAAGCCAAAUUUCAACUGA